AUGCUCCGCUCCCUAUCCGCUCGCGGACUCUGGGACCUGGCCGUCAAGCGCAACGCGCUGACCACGUCGUGCGUGCUGCUGGGCGGCGUGCUGGUCGCCGACGCGCUGCUGUUCCCGCAGGGCGCGCGGCAGCAGCGCAGGCAGCAGCAGCAGCAGCAGCAGCAGCAGCAGCAGCAGCAGCAGCAGCAGCUUGGUCAGCAGCAGCAGCAGCAGCAGCAUCCUGAGCACCAGCAGCCUGCCAAGGCAUGA